AUGUCUGAGCCCCAGCGGCUGUCGAUACCGGAUAGAAAUAUGUUCUAUCCAGGUGGAUUCCGCACCCUGAUCAUGCUUAGCGAGAUGUCACUCGCUGAGGCGCUGAUCGAGGCUAUCUCGAGCGAUGUCGACUCGACUCUGCUCGCUACAUUGGCAACAGCCAUUGAUCAUUCGAAGGCCGUGAGGAUCGACACCAACGAGAUAGAGGACUUGGCCAUCUCGCAAACUCGACCCUCAGGUGUUCAAGAUGAUGAGCCGGGUAUACGAAACGCGCUCGACCACUUCGAGAAAAGUGUUAGAAUGGCCAUAGAGAAGAUUGGGAUGCUCGAGACGCACCGCGCAUUGAUCGUGUAUCAAGUAUUCGACACUUGCGCGAGCUUGAGCGGACUUCUCAGUCCUCUUGUACUUGCUUAUGGCAAAAGACCGUCAAUUGACGAAAAGGCAAGUCACCUAUCGUUACUUUCACGCUUGUGCUUACAAGCUGCCUCAUCUUAG